AUUUCCUCUCUGCCGACGGUCCCCGGUGCUGCACCAGUGCAAUGCCAAGGCUGCAACACUAGCGAGCACAUUUCCCCCCAUUUUCACAGCCCCCCUACCGUAUUUCUUUCCACUCUUCCUUUUUUCUUUCCCCACCUUUUUUCUUGAGUAAAUUGCAUCGUUUUUUCCGGCCAUGCCGAACAUCGUGCUAUUUAGUGGGAGCUCUCACCACGACUUGUCCCAAAAAGUGGCUGAUCGACUGGGACUGGAGCUCGGGAAAGUGAUAACGAAGAAAUUCAGCAACCAGGAGACGUGUGUUGAAAUCGGGGAAAGCGUGCGUGGCGAGGAUGUAUACAUCAUCCAGAGCGGCUGCGGCGAAAUCAACGACAACCUCAUGGAGCUGCUCAUCAUGAUCAACGCCUGUAAAAUUGCCUCCUCAUCCCGCGUCACCGCCGUCAUCCCCUGCUUCCCCUACGCCCGGCAGGACAAGAAGGAUAAGAGCCGAGCGCCGAUUUCUGCCAAGCUGGUAGCAAAUAUGUUGUCCGUGGCCGGUGCCGACCACAUCAUCACCAUGGACCUCCACGCGUCACAAAUCCAGGGAUUCUUCGACAUCGCCGUGGACAAUCUUUAUGCAGAGCCUGCUGUUCUUCAGUGGAUAAGAGAAAAUAUUCCUGAAUGGAAAAACGGUAUCAUUGUGUCUCCAGAUGCCGGCGGAGCAAAGCGCGUGACGUCCAUCGCAGACCGUCUGAACGUGGAUUUCGCUCUCAUCCACAAAGAGCGAAAGAAGGCUAAUGAAGUGGACCGUAUGGUGCUGGUCGGUGACGUCAAGGACCGCGUGGCCAUCCUAGUGGACGACAUGGCCGACACCUGCGGCACCAUCUGCUACGCUGCCGACAAGCUGAUUGACGCCGGAGCGGUAAAAGUCUACGCCAUCCUCACACACGGUAUUUUCUCUGGUCCAGCCAUCUCGCGUAUCAACAGCGCUCCAUUCGAGGCCGUGGUGGUAACCAACACCAUCCCACAGGAAGAGAAGAUGAAGGCGUGUCCAAAAAUACAGGUAAUCGACAUCUCGAUGAUUCUAGCAGAAGCAAUCAGGAGAACCCACAAUGGCGAGUCAGUGUCCUACCUCUUCAGUCACGUACCAUUGUAAAAGAAAUGAGAGGGGGUGGCCUUCUACCCCCUCUCUCUGUCAGGCCCCCCUCAGCUGCCUCUUUUGGCCACACAUCCACCUCCACGAAGGCUGAAAAGGACCAGAUGCUUUUUUGGCCAGAAACCAUGUGACUUUUUAAAGGUCAUUGCCCACACGUUGUCUUUGACAUUUUCACCCAGGAGACAGAGCGAAAUAUCACUUCCUUCGCUGAAGACCAAGUUUGUAUUUAUGAGUAUCUCUCUUCUUCUUUUUCUUUUUUCCUGUUCAUUUUCUUCUUUUGUUUUAGUUGCAGUUUUGCCAACCUUGAAACCCAGAGGCCUGGCCUUCACUUUAACCAAAGGGUCCAUUAUGUAACAUAAUGUAUUAUUUGUACCUCAAAUCGACUUCACUUUAAAUGAAGCAUUCCAGGAUGUCAUGUGAUUUGAAAUAUUUUGGCUACUUCUGCUUCACAGAGAAAAACAAAAGUUCAAGGCACACUAUGCAGGAUUGGUAUAGACAAACAUUCAAAUUUGGCCACUCAUUCCUGGCUCAAUGACACCAGAGCAAGCUUGGGGAGUGAAUGAAGAGAGGUAGCAGCGUAGUCAAUCAGAUCAAUAGAAUCAAGUUAUUUUCUGACUGUUUCACUGCAGUUACACAAACACGCUCACACCUCUACACAACCCUGUGGAUAGGUGCUUCAUUCAGGUGCUCCAAAUUUGGUGUGAGUGCAACCAAAGUGAACCUUUUAUUCUGUCUGCUGUGGUCUCUGAGUGUGUGUAGCCCAACCUGACCCUCGGUCAAACACAGACUCACAGCUAUUUAUACAUCCAUAACACAGAGAGCAGAGUGGAGGGAUGGAGUGGGUGAUGUAACCUGGUCGCUACGCUACGAGUCCCGACUUCACAGUCUGCACACUGUUAUAGGCUGGGGGCCACACACACACACACACACACACACACACACACACACACACACACACACACACACACACACACACACACACACACACACACUGCCCAAAGGCUGACACCCAGACAUACCCCAAAGACAGCAAAAUAAUACUAAAAUACAGGCAGAUAGAGUAGAGUCUCUGCAGAAAUAUACACCAUCAUAUACACACACACACACACACAGUGGAUCAAAACACAUGAUUAAGAGGGAUCGUUUUUUUUGUUUUUUAGGGAAAUCCUGCAUAGUUUGCCUUUGCCUGAAUGUGAAAAGCUGCACCCCCCCACCCCACCCCCUGCUUCAAAAUGCUUUAACAGCUGCUAAAAGUAUUAAAAUACUAUAGUUCUAGUCUAAUCCCCCUUUUUUUUUUUAGCUAAUUCUAUAUUGAUUGUAAUAAUAGUUUCUGCUUUGUGCUAUCAUCAGGCCCCACAGUAGUUUAAAAGUUGCACCACAAGUCUAAUUGUGCCCACUGACAUAAAUAGGAGGCUAAGAGAGAUUAGACUGAACACUCUGAGUCACUCACCUGUCAAAUGUACUGAUGCGUCUUACAACUGCGAUGUCAUUUCCUCCCAAUAAUCUGUGUUUGUUAUGACAACCCCCUCCUACAACACUCUUAGUUGUGCUUAAAAAAAAUUUACUGACAACUUUGCGCAAGUGUCUAUUACGAGGUGUAGUGGGUGCUUUACCUACUGUUCAAAAGGUCACGAAAACUAAUUGAGCCCUAAGCUUGGUUAUAGUGUUAAAGAUGUUCAUGAUUUUAGGCGAAAUUGUGAAGAGAAAAAAAAAGGGCGUUAAUUGUAACAGCUGUUAAUGGGUCACUUUGUUUGAAUGAGGCAGGCUUCACUGUUUGCCUCAAGGUUAAUUAAUUAAAAAAAAUAGUUGAAACGCGUGAUUAAAUUUUUUUUGAUAUGUAACACUUUCAGCUGUUUAUUUGACAAUAAAGCUUUGACAAUGGCUAACAGA